UUCCUGUGCCCUCACAGGCUGGUGGUCGCUGUGGAGGAAGCCUUCGUUCACAUCCGCCGUCUCCAGGCAGAAGAGCAGCAGAAGGUCCCUGGAGAAGUGAUGGACCCCAGAGAGGCAGCCCAAGCCAUCUUCCCUUCCAUGGCCAGGGCUCUGCAGAAGUACCUGCGAACCACCCGGCAGCAGCAUUAUCACACCAUGGAGAGUAUCCUGCAGCAUCUGUCCUUCUGCAUCACCAACAACAUGACCCCCAAGGCUUUCCUAGAACGUUACCUCAAUGCCGGUCCCACCCUGCAGUAUGAAAAGGAUCGAUGGUUCUCCAAGCAGUGGACACUCGUUAGUGAAGAAGCUGUUACAAAUGGACUAAGGGAUGGAGCUGUUUUUGUUCUUAAGUGCUUGGACUUCAGCCUUGUAAUUAAUGUGAAGAAAAUCCCCUUCAUCGUGCUUUCUGAAGAGUUCGUAGACCCCAAAUCUCAUAAAUUUGUCCUUCGCUUACAAUCUGAGACAUCAGUUUAAAGGUUUUAUAUUUG